AUGGGAUGUGAUGCCAGUUCAGAUGAUCGUAUUCCUCUUUGCACUCUCUGUACUCGACAGUUGAGAGGACCGGAAGAAAGUGGUAAUGUGGAGAAACCGUUCAAUUGCGCUCUUUGUUUUGGUGUACUGGAUGAAAAGUUUGCUGACGAAGUGGUAGCCGAGAAAAUAUAUGAGAGCAGUGGCUAUGAUUCGAAAUCAUUCCUACUUGCAAUCAAUAUGCCUGUUACAGCGAUUCUUCGCGAAUCAUUAUAUGAACUUGUCCAUCGGGAUUCUUCAUCAAAUGGCACUCUUUCUAUGGUUCCUUUCAAGUUACGAAUUGUCAAUGCCUAUUUGGAAAGAAUUCGUGGUGCUACCGGUUUGUCACCAUCACUGAAUUCGGAUUUAAUUCUUACUCUUACAUUUAUGAAUGAUGAAUUUAACAAAAGCGAUGUUGAUUAUUUGGUAAAGGAAUUCCCUGAUGAUUUCCAAAUAUCACGGAAAAGACUGAGAUUUGCCAAUAUGGAUGAUACGCUCUUAUCAAUGUAUACAAAAGUACGAAUUGCAGAUUAUAGGAGUUACAAGAUGGCUUCACCGUCGACAUCAUGUCAUUAUACAAUUUCAUUUGAACGUAGUCCAUUGUUCAUAGCUGGACGAUAUUGCAAAUUUUCUAGAAACAUGUCUCAAAGCCCAUGGUCUGCUUCAACUGAUAUGAAGAAAAUUAUUGGACAUUCAGUAUCGGAAAAAGUUGGAGCGCCAUUUGUCACAGAAACUGGAUGUGAUGUUGCACGUUUUAUAGCUUCAGGGCGGGAAGAUAUUGAUGUGCGAAUGCUUGGUAACGGAAGGCCAUUUGUAUUGGAAUUAAUCAAUCCCAAGAGAAUUUUUCCGUUCCAAAGGAAUAACCUGAAGACUACAUUGAAACGUUUAGAGGAUAGUAUCAAUAAAAAUCUUGAUGUUAAAGUUCUUCCCGGUUUGAAACAAAUCACUUCAGACCAAGCAUCUCUAAUAAAAAAUGAAAGGCGAAAAUUAUACACCGGUUACUGUUGCAGUACAAGGAAGCUUGAUGAUCUCGCACUGAAAAAACUUCAUCAUAAAGCACCCAUUGAAGUGAUUCAAAAAACCCCUGUGCGGGUGUUGAAACGUCGUCCUUUGCUCGAAAGACGAAGAAUGAUAUUUUUCAUAGCAGCACUGAAAUUGGAUGAUUAUCACUUCCUAAUCAGAAUGGAGACACAGGCGGGGACUUAUGUAAAAGAAUUUGUGCACGGUGAUUUUGGUCGAACUCGGCCAUCAUUAGCAGAUUUAUUAGGAGUAGAAUGCGGUGAAGUUGACAUACUUGAACUGGAUGUUGAAGGCGUUGAUAUGGAAUGGCCACCGAAGUGA